AUGGUGGAGAAUACCCAGACCACAGGAUCGCUCGAGACCUCUGACGAUGAGAAGCGCGCGUUUGCACGCGAGUCAGUGUCGUUCAUUCUGGCCUCCCCCCAGCUCCGCGCCAUUGAGACAGGGGCUGGGGACGGAAACAGCAGCAGCAGCAGCAGCAGCAAGGGUCCGUGGGUGGUUGGUGCUUCGUCCUGGCUGCGACCCCAAGUCAACCUCGAAGAGGUCGAAUCAUUCCGGGUGCGAGUGGAGGGAGCGGGUGGCCACAGAGCCAGGGGCGCAGAGCAGUACAAGAAGCGGUCCAUGGCAGCAGCAGUGCGCGCAUUCUCCACCGCCAAGUCCUUUGUGCUCUCCUGCGCUGCCCUCCACUUCAACCUCGCGGCCGCCCUCGCUGCUCUUGCUCGGCACGAGGAGGCAGUAGCAGCAUGUGACGAGGCACUAGCUCUGAUAGCAACACACAGCAAGGCGAGGAAGAGGCGUGCUGACAGCCUGGCAGCCCUGGGCAGGCAUGCAGAGGCCGCAGCAGAGUACCUGCUGCUGCUGCAGCUGCAGCCAGGGGAGAGAAAGUGGGAGCAGAUGGCAGAAGACCAGGCGAGCAAGGCUCAGAGUACUGCUGGCGGCGGCAGCAGCAAUACCUAG